GUUAUUCACGUUUUUUGGGGUAUCUUAGCUUUUUAAAUGAAUUUGUUUUCAGAUAACAGCUUUAUAAAAUAUUCUUUCUACAAGAUUCUAUUAAGUUAUAAAGGCAUUAGGGUAACCUAGAUGAUAGAUAGAACACCUACCUAUCUUGCCCUCUCUUAAGAUUAUUUUGAUAUCUUACCCCACAAAAUCAUAAAAAAUAUAUAUCUUGAGGUAGAUUCUCAAGUAAUUUUACUUAUACUUCAGAAACGGAGUGGAUAACACCUAUUAGUUCUUCAACAAUGGAUCUAUUAAGUUCAGAUGAAUGCCAUCUUAUAGCCCAUAGAACGAUUCCAGAGAUCGACAAGUCCAAUCUUAUAAUUCUAAAUUCCCAGCUGGAUGCAGGUUCCAGUGAUCUAAUGGGAUACAUGGGAGAGUACUAUAAACUUUACUUGGAGGUAGAGGAUAUAGGAGAAAAGAAAAAAUAUUUCCUACACUAUUUUAUCAAAAGUUUGCCCCGCAAAAACGAGCCACAAAGGGAAGAGUGCGCACGCAAGGGAGUUUUUCCUAAGGAAGCUGCCGUCUACACCCGUUUAUUACCGAAAAUUCAGCAAUAUGCCACAAAGAAGUUGUUUCCCGAAUGUUACUACAGUCGGCCAGAUAUCCUAGUGUUAGAAGAUCUUACCCAGAACUACAGACAUCUCAAAGCCACAGAGAGCUAUACCUUGGAUCAUUAUAAACUGGUUUUGGAACACCUUUCAGAGUUACAUGCUGCAAGUAUUGCUUGGGAAGAAAUCGAACACUUAAAUAUUUACGAAAAUUACAAAGAUGUGCUUACUGAAUUGCAUUUGGAUUCAAAUAAUUCUUGGUACAUAACUGGACUUAAGGCCAUUGUUUUUUUAGCAGCUCGUCAUCCGCAAUACCAAACAAGAAAAGCACAAGAAUUUGUCCAAGAUAAGCUCUACAACCUUCUUACCAAAGCCGAAGAAUUGGUUGAACCCUCACAGGCUAUAAGGAAUGUGCUUUGUCACCGUGAUGCCUGGGAUCAUUUUCAAAUCGCCAAGUACUGUUCUCCCACCUUAGAUGUUUUAUUCCUACUUUAUAUUGUUGCCCCCGCUGAAGUCAGAAGGGAGAUAUAUGACGAGUGUCUCGAGCACUAUUAUAGAUGCCUAGAAUCUUAUCUCGACCGCCUGGGAUUGAAAAAGGAUCUUAUAACCCGAGAGAUCUUCAUGAAAGAAUGCCACAGAACACGAUUAGCUGCCCUUCUUAUUUGGGCUCUCACCGAGCCUCAGACGAAAAUGUCACCUAGCAUUUUCAAUAGAUUGCGAUCCCAAGAACCAGAGAAGUUUGACUAUUACCUCAACGUCGAUCGGAGUGACCUGUUACUAAGGGUAAUGGAGAUUCAACCUGGCUAUGAGGAGACUAUCAUGUCGCCCAUCCGGGAACUGGUAGAUUACCUCAUGGAGAAUGAGAACUUAAAUGACUGA